UGCCCCCUCCUUCGGAAAGUGUUCCACCCCCCCUCCCCCCAACUGUUUUCACACACAACACACACUCCUUCUAUACUUACACUGACUACUGGCCUCCCAACAGUGGCGCUCCUUAUGGCAGUCCCUCUCUCCUCCUCCUCUGCUAUCAGUUCUUGCUGCCCCUCGUUGACUUGCUGUUCUGGCGCAGUCUCCGUAAGCUCCACCGCUACCAGCCAUUAGACUAAUAUGAGAUACUGUUUGUUGCAUUUGGACUUUGUUGGAUAGGUGUAAAUGGCCGCCGCUGCUUUCUUGUUCCUGGUGUUAAUCUCCGCCGCGCCCUUGUUAACGUGGGGGGAGCUGAACGCAGAUACUGAAGCUGAGAUCCAAGCCUUGACUAAUAUUAAGAUGAGCCUUCACGACCCGCUUGGCGUGUUUAGCGGCUGGGACACUUCCACGCCGUCGGCUCCCUGCGACUGGAGGGGUGUCGGCUGCUAUGGCGGUCGGGUCAGCGAGCUUCGGCUCCCUCACCUCCAGCUCAGCGGCAGUCUGUCUCCCCAAAUUGGUAAUCUGCGCAUGCUGCGGAAGCUCAACCUCCGCUCCAAUUUCAUCAAUGGCACCAUCCCUUCGUCCCUCUUCCGGUGCACGCUCCUCCACUCGGUUUUUCUCCAGUAUAACUCAUUUUCCGGAAGCCUCUCUCCGGAGAUCUCCAAUCUUACUAGCCUUUUAGUCUUUAAUGUCGCCAGCAACCGCCUCUCCGGAGAAAUCCCCGGAGACCUGCCCCAGAAUCUCCGGUUCUUGGACCUUUCGUCGAACGCAUUUUCCGGCGAAAUACCAAGAAACAUUUCGAGUGGGUCCCAGUUGCAACUCAUCAACCUGUCGUAUAACCAGAUUUCCGGCGAGAUUCCCCCAACUCUAGGGGAGCUUGCGAAUCUUGAGUAUCUGUGGUUAGACUACAACAGUUUAGAAGGCACAUUGCCAUCUGCUCUGGCGGACUGUACUUCGCUCGUGCAUUUCAGCGCCGAGGGCAAUAAAAUCGGUGGAGUGGUGCCGGCCGCGAUUGGCGCGCUGCCGAAGCUUCAGGUUGUUUCUUUAUCGCACAAUAAUUUAUCCGGGCCGGUGCCCGGGUCUUUGUUUUGUAACGUAUCUGAUUAUCCGCCAUCGAUUCGGAUAGUUCAGCUGGGUUUCAAUGCUUUCACGGGCAUUGGUAUGCCCAAGUCUGUUAUGUGUUUUAGUGUAAUGCAGGAUUUGGAUCUUCAGAACAAUCAUAUUUCUGGUGGGUUUCCAUUGUUUUUGACUAAUGUUUCUACAUUAACAUCGAUUGAUCUUUCUGGAAAUUUGUUUUCUGGUACGAUUCCGAGUGAGAUUGGGAAUUUGCAGCAAUUGGAAGAGCUGAAAUUGGCAAACAAUUCAUUCAGUGGAUUAGUUCCAGCUGACAUCAAGAACUGUAGGAAUUUAACAAUUCUUGAUCUGGAGGGAAAUUUAUUCUCUGGUGUGAUUCCUGCAUUUAUGAUCGAGCUGAUCAAUUUGAAGGUUUUAUCUCUUGGUGGGAAUAACUUUUCGGGUCCUGUUAUGCCGAGUUUUGGGAAUCUAACAGCACUUGAAAGCCUGAAUUUGAAAGGCAAUGGGUUGACUGGAAUCUUGCCCGAGGAAUUGAUGGUUUUGAGCAAUUUAAGUACAUUGGAUCUAAGUGGAAACAAGCUUUCUGGGGCUAUUCCAACAAGCAUUGGGAAUUUGAAGCACCUCACAGUCUUGAAUCUUAGUGGCAAUGGAUUUUCGGGUGCUAUCCCGGAAAAUAUUGGGAGUUUGUUUAUGCUGACAGCUCUUGACUUGAGUAAACAGAAUCUAUCGGGGGAAUUACCUUCUAAUCUUGUGGGCUUGCCUAAUCUGCAAGUGAUUGGAUUGCAGGAGAACAUGUUGUCGGGGGAAGUUCCUGAAGGUUUGAGUAGCUUAUUGGGGCUGCGGUAUUUGAAUCUUUCUUUCAAUUCAUUUUCCGGUCACAUAUCGCCGACGUUUGGCUUCUUGAAGUCAUUAGAUGUUCUGUCUUUGUCUAAUAAUCACAUAUCUGGCUCUGUUCCUCCAGAGCUAGGGAAUUGUUCGUCUCUUGGAGUUAUAGAUCUUCACUCGAAUUCUUUGAGUGGCCAAAUUCCUGUUGAUCUUUCGCGCCUCUUGCGUUUGAGGGUGCUUGAUUUGGGGAGGAACAAUCUCACAGGUCAAAUUCCAGAAGAACUUUCCAAUUGUUCCUCUUUAACUUCUCUUUCACUCGACUCAAACCAUUUGAAGGGAACGAUUCCUGCUACUCUGUCUUCAAUUUCUAGUUUGGUCAGCUUCAAUGUGUCUAACAACAAUUUAGAAGGUGAAAUUCCAAUAGUCUUAGGCUCUAGGUUCAACAAUCAAUCAUCUUUCAUUGGUAAUCAGGGCUUGUGUGGGAAGCCAUUAGACAGAAAAUGCGAGGAAAUCGGUAAUGAAAACCGGAGAAACAGGCUGAUCCUGUUCAUUGCUGUAUCUGCUAGUGGAAUUCUUCUUAUGCUAUCAUGUUGCUGCUUCUACACUUAUAGCUUCUUGAGGUGGCGUGAGAAGGUGCAAAAAAGCACUGCAGGGGAAAAGAAGCAGAGUCCUGCUCGGGCCAGUUCAAGGACCAGUGGAGGCCGUGGCAGCAGCGAAAAUGGGGGACCAAAGCUUAUUAUGUUCAACAACAAGAUCACAUUAGCAGAAACAAUCGACGCAACGAGGCAGUUUGAUGAAGAGAACGUGCUAAGCAGAACCCGACAUGGUGUAGUCUUCAAGGCGUGUUACAAUGACGGAAUGGUGCUAGCAAUCCUCAGGCUUCCUAAUGGUUCUCUAAACUUGAACACAUUUAGAAAAGAAGCCGAAUCGCUGGGCCGAGUGAAGCACAGAAACUUAACGGUUCUUCGUGGAUACUAUGCUGGACCACCGGACCUUAGACUCCUCGUCUAUGACUACAUGCCCAACGGAAACCUUGCUACAUUGUUGCAAGAAGCAUCGCACCAAGAUGGCCAUAUCCUGAACUGGCCAAUGCGUCACCUCAUCGCGCUUGGCAUUGCUCGUGGCCUAGCUUUCCUCCAUGCAGCCUCAAUGGUGCACGGUGAUGUUAAGCCCCAAAAUGUGCUCUUCGACGCAGACUUUGAAGCCCAUUUAUCUGAUUUUGGGCUAGACAAGCUCACAGUGGCUGCCCCGGCUGAACCAUCAACCUCAAGAUCAGUCGGAACUCUAGGCUAUAUAUCACCGGAAGCAAUGCUAACGCACGAAGUCACAAGAGAAUCAGAUGUCUACAGCUUCGGGAUCGUUCUACUAGAACUCCUAACUGGGAAAAAGCCAGUCAUGUUCACUCAAGACGAAGACAUCGUAAAAUGGGUGAAAAGGCAAUUACAAAGAGGUCAAAUCUCGGAGCUGCUGGAGCCCGGGCUUCUUGAACUGGACCCUGAAUCAUCAGAAUGGGAAGAGUUCUUGCUGGGGAUCAAAGUGGGGUUGCUCUGCACUGCACCCGACCCGCUAGACCGGCCCACAAUGGCUGAUAUUGUGUUCAUGCUGGAGGGCUGCAGGGUAGGGCCGGACAUCCCCUCAUCCGCCGAUCCCACAUCCCAGCCUUCUCCCGCCUGACCCACCAACCCGAAUUAGUAAACCGGAGCUUGUUUACAGUCAUUUUGUUUCCAUUUCUUGUUAGGAACCAAAAAAGUGAAAAAAAUCAAGAAAACAGUUCUUUUUUUAGACCGGUUAAUUAGCUCGCCGGAUGCAUUGGUCUCCCAGUGUUUGAUUUAUUUUCUUUUUUCUUUGGAAAAAGAUUAUUUGUCUUUGGAGUAUAUACUUUGGCGUUUUCAUGUUC